AUGCCCCGCCCCCGCCUGAACGCCCUCCGUUCCCGGUCCGACUCUACCCACCGCCCUUAUCCCUUACCCAGCCCCGCUCCCUCAACAACCGACUCCGACCCCAUUCCUUCCACCUCAACCGCCCCUCCCUUCGAUCCCGACCGCAAACUCGCGUGCUUGCCCAACUUGCCGCCCGAGUUGAAGGCGCUGAUCGUGAGGAAGGUUGCGGAGGUGGAUAUGGAGGCGAGGGAAGAUGAUUGGGAGGAUGACAGUGAGAGCGAGGAGGAGGACGGGAGUACGAUCAGUGAUGAGGAGCCGAGCGAGGACGAGGCGAGUGGCAGGUGGAGGGAGAAGGCGCUCAAGCAGGUGCGGAGGGACAAAGCAGCGUGGAAGAACUUGCAGGAGCAGGUCGAUGCCGACUUGGACGAGACCGGAAACCCGACGCUAGCCUCGCUCGAAAAGAUGCGCGACCAUCUCAUGGAGGUCGGCGCGGCGCAGGGAUACGAGUCGGGUAUCGUCGCGCUCUCGCUCGUCAGCCGCGAGUUCAACGAGCUCGCGAACCCGUUCAUGUGGGAGGCCAUCGACUUUGAAGACCGGUCGAACGAGUCCAUCAUCGACUGCAUCAACCUGAUCCUACCCAAGCACGCGCGGCACGUCAAGGUCCUCGAGUUUGGCCAGGCCGACGACCGGAUGCUGCGGUUCGACCCGGAAGGUCCAGGGUUCGGCUCUCACGACCCAUUCCGCCCCAUCUCGCGAAUUCACCGCCGCGUUGUUGAGGAAGCCGAGCGGAUUGGCGGCGUCGGCACGACGGACGUGGAGGGCCGCCCGCUCUUGCCGGGCAUUCGCGAGUUGCGCACGAGGAGUCUCUUACUCGCCGAAGUCGUGCGGCUCUGCCCGAACGUCAUCGAGCUCAACUGCGAGACGUGCCCCAGGUCGUACCCGGAGUGGGCGUCCGGUCUGGACGGACUUGCCGCGCAGGAGGACCUCGAGAAGCUCCUCUACAUCACGGACCACGCCCUCGAAGCGGUCAAGAAGCACCUCGCGCACCAGCUCGUUGACCUGACGCUCGUCGUCAACGGCGAAGACGAAGGCUACACGACAGAAGGCGACCUCGCCUCGAUCCUCGCUGUGUGCCCGAACCUCGUCCGACUCCACGUCGACUGUUUCGCCCCGACCGGCACGUACGACAUGCGACGUGACCUCUUCCGCGCGUUCGAGCGGCUCGACAAACUCGAGAUACUCACGCUUCAAGAGGGGACCUUUGUCAAUGACGAGUUUGCCGCGCUUGACUGGCGGUGCCCGUUGCGGGUUCUCGCCCUCGCUUCAGCCGAAGACCUCUCGUUCCCAUCCUUCUGGGACCUCAUUCACAAGUUCUCCUCGACUCUCGAAUGCCUCGACAUCGACGAAGUUCCGCACACGAACGUCGAGCAGGACAACAAAAAGUAUGUCGGUCGUCACGUCUCCCUCCCUCGUCUCGACACGCUCGUCAUCUCGACGCAACACGAGUCGGCCUUCCUCCUCGAAUCGUUCGUCCAGUGCCCGAUCCGCACCUUCGGACUCGGAUUCUGCCCCGCCGUCUCCUACGCCGACAUCGAGCGCUUCGUCGCCCUCCACGGGCAGACGCUCAAGCGCGUCGAAGUCAAGCACGAUGCGGCGCUCACUGAGGCGCAGGUGGAGAGCUUGGAGGUGUACUGCCAUGCGAAGGGGAUCGAAUGCGAGUUGCUCGAGGACGAGGGGACGGACUCCGAGGAGGAGGACGACCCGAGCGAGUGGGGGGACGAGGAUGCGCUGGAUCAUGAUGCAUGGACGGAGGAGGACGAGGACGGCGGGAGCGACUGGGGUUCGGACGUUGGGCUUUGA